AUGGAGCAGAGCCCCGACGCCGAUAAGUCGGCGCUGACGUCGGCUGACUUUCCCCUUCGUGUGCGAAUGGGUCGCGGCCUGAGCUUCACCUUAGAGUGGAACGACUACGCCGUCCUUCGCGACCAAAAGAAAGAGUUCACCGAGAGAUGCUUUGGACUCGCCAUCAGCGGCGGCCCGCUUCCAGGGUCACACUGCAGCGUCAUAGCCAUCCUCUACCCAGGAGAUCUGCUGAAGGCUGAGGGACAGGUCUGCAGGACCAAGAUCCGGCACAUCGACCCGCAUACCGGAAAAGGGAAGCACCGCGACGAGGCCGUCCGCGUCCUGAAGCUAUUCCGAACGGCUGUCCUGGCCGAGCUGGGGCGUCCCGGUAGGAAGUGGGACGGGGCGCCGCCAUCACAAGCAGUGGUGGAGGAAAGGCUUGCCGACUGCGACGACCCUAUCCGCGACAAAGUGCCGGGCACAGUGUCGGACGGGCAUGUCGGCACCGGCAUGCUUGCCGCGACGUCGUUCGGGUGGGUGGCCAAGCAGAUCGACCUGCUGACGGGCGACAAGGCUCGAAGUGCGGUGAGCAUCGAGAACAUCAAGGCAAAGGGUUUGAAGUCGCUCCGUGAUAGCAUGGUCGAGUACAUCUGCAAUCGCGUCGCCGAAAAAAGAUCAGCGGCGCCGACUUCAGGAGCCGGCGGACCCGCCGACGGUGCGAUUGAUGACGACGGCGCGGAAAUUCGGACGGCGCCCCAAUCAGCAGCUGCCGCCCAGCACCAGGUGGACUUGCCGGUGUCCGGAGGGGGCGACGCCGCGUCAGGUGCAGGAGGAGGAGGAGGCGACGCCGCGGCAGGGCGUGGAAGGAAGGAAGAGGAUUCGGAGUCGUCGGACUCGGACUCAGAGACGGAGUCGGAGGGGGAGGAGGAGGACGAUUACGAGCUGGAGUACGCAGACGGUACGGUCGUGGCGGUGGGUUCGGCGGAUGAAAAUAAUGAGGAAGCGGAGGAUGGCGAUGCGGGUAAUGCUACGACGUCGGCAGAUGGGGGGAAGGAAGAGGUCGGCGUGGAGGCAACGAAGGAAGAGGGCCAGGAGCAAGCGGCCAGCGAAGGUGGGAAGGUGUCGGUCGACGCAGGUGAAGCGGCGAACAACACAGGCAUGCAGGAGACGGAGGAAGCAUCUGGUCGGCAGGGCCCUGAACAGGUCGACGUCGAGGAACUGCGACGGGAGAACCUGAUGUUGAGGGCGGAGAACGCUCGGCUGGCGGCGUUGCUCGGUGAGGAGCAGGCUCGGCCGGACAGGUUCUUUGCUGGGUUACGAGGACUCGUCGACCACCUGAAGGAGUUGGCCGUUCAGGUCGAGGACACCGACAAGUUUGCGGCGCAACAGCUGCUAAACGCGACGGAGGACUUGUCGAAAACCAUCACGGGCAACAUCACCGGCAGCUUCGACGAAGCGUGGAAGACGAUGAAGACAUUCGCGGAACAGGCGUCGGCGUGGUUGGAGGACUUCGACAAUCCGGAGGGUCGUGUGGCAUGUGCACGCGCGUUAGUGGUCGACGCCCUGGCCGAUCACGUGAAUGGGGUGGUGGGCGAGGCGCGGCGGGCUUUGGAGCUGUACAUCACGACGCAACUAUCCGCCGCGCAGGUCAACAUCGCCACCGCUUCGUUCGUUGCUUCCGGGAUGAAGAUGCUGACCGAGACGAUCGGCACAGUGGCUCCUGGUCGACGCGGGUCGUCGCCGUCGGCCAAUGACGCCGAGCAAGCACAAAGGAGAGCGGUCAAGCAGGUCCAUAAGAGGACGGGCGACGGUGACGACAAGGAGAGCUCGAAGCGGAGCAAGGGAUCGGACGGGAGCUGCGGCUCGAAGCCUCCUGCACAGAGCGUGGCGGCCGGUGAGAAAGGCGUGAGCGACAAGGAGGUCCCUUCUGCUCAGGCGGCCGAAGAUGGCGGCGCAGGAACCACCAAGGGACCGAGCGUCGCGGUGGCGGCAGAGGGCAACGCGAAGGCCGCUUCUGCUACGGUCGCCGGAACCUCCAAGCCGAAGGCCGCUUCUGCUACGGUCGCCGGAACCUCCAAGCUGAAGGCCGCUUCUGCUACGAUCGCCGGAACCUCCAAGUCGAAGGCUGCUUCUGCUACGGUCGCCGGAACCACCAACCCGAUUCCCCGUAACCCCCCUGCGGCUACCGCCGCCCCUGCCGGCCAGUCGGGCUGCUUCGCUAAGGGCGAUGCUCCGGCAUCGGCCAAGGGGCCCCCCGGUGGGAACGCGCUCAGGCAGUUGCUCCACGCCAUGGAAUCACAUCGCAGGGACGUGCAGCAGCAUCCAGUGGUCGACGCCGGCCUCUCCGAAACAGCAAGUCGCACCGUCACUCCGAAGGUUGUCGGCACACCGUUAGGUGCCCCACCUGCCGCGCCUACGGUCGCCGCCCAACCGAAUGCGGACCCCAAGUCCGCGUUUCUUCGCGCCCAUUUAGGCGCACGCAAAGCGGCAGCUCCACCUCGUCCGGAACCCGGCAAAAGCGCGACGCCGACGGCGGUCAACGCGACCGAUCCCACGCCAAGUGCAUCUGUGGUCGACGUGGUGGCGGAGAAGGGGGUGAGUGCAGCGCUAGCCACCGGCGGCCGAGAAGACAAGCAUGCCGGCCUCGCCGCCGUUCUGGCCCAUUUUGAAGCAGCAAGACGCCCCGAGCACGCCCCUGCACUGGCCAUCAUGGAUACGGCGCAUGCGGCGCCGUCGGGGAUCCACGGAGGGGGUUUGGCGGAGCCGACGGCUGCAACGGGUGCUGUCGCCGAUGGAAAUGCGGGACGGAAGGGAAAGGACGACACCGGGAAAGGGAAGGCAGUGUCUCAGAGGAGCACGCGGGCGAUGUCGGCGGGGAAGGAGAAGCCGGCACGGAAUAAGGACAAGACGGGGGGCAAGGGUAAGCCGGCGAAGAAGAAGGCGAAGGCGGAGGAGGAGAAGGAGGAGGAGGAGGCGGAGGAGGAGGAGGAGGAGGAGGAGUCGGAGGAGGAGGAGGAAGAGCAUGGACGCCGGGGUCAUGGCAUCCGCCGAGACAGGUCUGGCGACGGGCAGGGGUGGAUGGAGCUGGCCUACGAGCACGCGAUUGCGUACUUCGUCUACGACGGCUACGUGAGCAAGGUGCUCAUGAAGGAGCUCACCGCCUUGAAGCCGGGAGAGUUGGAUGAAUGGAAGGCGGUGUGGGAGGAGGUCAAAAUCCUGCCGACCGGGAUGUGGACGGUGAUGUGGGCCAGAGGCUUGUGCCAUCCGAGAGCAAGGUUCGACGACAUACUCGGCAGGUUCCGUGGGUACGCAGGUUCGGGUGAUGCGCUUCAUGGCGUGCUCUGGCCGGCGAUGUGGUUCCCCAUCAUCGAGGACACGGAGGAAGGCAGGGCGGAGACCAACGCCAACUUGCCGGCGAUGGUUAAUCGCGUGUCGAUGUGCGCGGCGUAUGGAAAGGUCGCGGCGAGAGUCGCGUUUGAGAAGGUCGAUGCGAGCGCGGAGGGGAACGCGGGAGAGAAGACGGAGAUGGAAGGCGCGGAGGGGAAGGCGGACGAGAAGGAGGAGAUGGGGGCCCAGGCGUUAGCGGCAUCUGCAUGCGCCCUCUGGUGCUUUAUGUCGACGCCAGCGUCGGUGCUCGGUGCUGUGGGCGAAGGGAAGGCGGCCGCGAUGGUGGCAGGUGCGGGGAAGGAGAGGGGCGAGCACUUCGCGAAGGUCAUUCACGCGGUUAUCGACUUCGCACGCAAUCGGCAGGCACCCGCGGGGGAGGUUGCACAUAACGUCGCGCCAGAGCUGCAGCGCUAUGGAGUGGCCAGGGCCUUCGAGGCGGGAAUUGAGGAAGUCGAGGCCGACAUGAUCGCAAGAGCGACGGUCGAGACCUUGGCGUUCUGGGGAAUGUGCCCCCUCGACGGGCCCAAGCUCAAAGCGGAGGGCAUCGAUGUGCCGUGUGACGCGAAGAUGGAGUACGAUCUGGAGCACAUGGGGAGGAAGGGGGAGAAGGUCAAGCAGGCCAAGGGCAGCAAGAGGAAGAGGGUUAAGGCGGGGAAGCAGGCGAAGGACAGUACGGAUGCGUAG